AUGGCGAGGACCAUGAGACCCGACAACAUUAACCCCCGGACCGGGAUGGUGGUGGCUCUGGUCAGCGUCUUCCUGGUGUUCGGUUUCAUGUUCACCGUGUCGGGCAUGAAGGGGGAGACCCUGGGGGACAUCCCGCUGCUGGCCAUUGGGCCAGCCAUCUGCCUGCCAGGCAUCGCCGCUAUUGCCCUCACCAAAAAGACCGACGGCUGCACCAAAUGGCCUAAGAAAAAUAAGUGCUCGUGCUACAAGCAAGUCAGGGACAGGGAUGUCUUGAGGUUGCUGAGAACCCCCUCAGACCUGGAGUCUGGCAGGAUGAGAUGCAAGAAGCUGUCGAAGAAGGCAUACCAGAAGAACAGGAGAGUGCUGCGGGGCAAGGACUCUGUGUCCGUCUGCACCACCACCGCUGCCGCCAUGGGAGAGUGCAGGAGCUUCAACAGAAAAGUGGAGCAGGAGGAGAUGCUGAGCUACCUGGAAACCUGUUACCCAGAGAUGCCGGGGAAUGUGCUAGUGCGAGAUGGCGCAGUAUACAGUGCCUUGGAAAAGGAGACAUCUUCUCCCACCAGGGACAGCACUGCUUGCCCUGACAUUGAAGACAACAUUUUUGUUGCUCCUAAAGACAGUAUCAUAGUCUGCUCUUACAAGGAAAACAGCCCUUAUGACAAAUACUGUUGUUACAUAAACCCUACUGAAGUCAACUCAGACCAAGAGACAAUUGUGUGA